CAUUCAGAACAAGCGACUGAGAAAGGUCUGACCACACAGACACACGCACCGACAGUGAGGUAUGUUGUGUUUGGAUUUUUUCUUCUGUGGAGCGUUGAUGCUGUGCUGCACCAGGCUCUGUGUGGCCCUGCUGGCCUCACAUGGACAGCAGCCGAUCCUGGACCACGACCCCACAGAGACAGAGCACACCUUCCCAUCAACAGAUAUGUCUUCAGCCUCCACAGUCUCUCAUCACGACCCCCACAAUGCACCAUGUUUUGUGGAUGACAUAUUCGCCGUGUUGCGUGAAGCUGUUGGGAAUGACGGCGAACUCACAAACAGCAGCUUGACUCAGUUUGGAAUCUGCACUCUAUCUGAUAGCUCAUCAGGCUCAGUCUUGUUACAGCUUGCAAAAGAAUCAAUCAGAGACCAGAGACUUGGAUUUGAGGUGUUGCAUCCAACUGGAGUGCUCUUGGCAGAGGAAGACGAGAGAGGAACGCUCAUGUUGACCUUUGACCUCCCACAGUCUCCUUUGCUCAAGCUGAGCCCUGCGCUGCUCUUGGCGUUUGAAAGCCCUCCCAAUGGAGGAAACCUGGACGUGACUUUCACUAGUCAGUCCCUGCAUCCUAACGCACAGACUGUGUGCAUCUCAGGAGAAACGCAGUACAUAUUGCUGACGGGACAAGCAUCAGAGGUCAACGUUCACCAGAGAUGGAGGAUUUCUGUUGAGGCAAAAUCCCCCGAUAUGAACCAAAACCUAAAAGUCAUCCUUAUUAGUGGAAAAUCAGGAAGUAACAUCAACUUGGUUCCGCUUCUGCUUUUCUCUGGGGAAAGAGGAACUGAUAUAAGUUCGUCCCUGGCCUCUUCACAGACCUCCUUCCUCUGUGAGCUGAAGCGUUUCCUGGGUGACGUCCUGCCUCGGGACCACCGUGAGUCCUCUCCGCUCCAGCUGGACUCCUUGCAGUCCCUGCCUCCUCUGACGCUGGGCUUAUCCUCCAGCGACACCUUGCUGGCAGGACUGAUCAACUCCUCCUCCAUUACCAUCUUCUCCUUCAGCAGCUGGGGCUCCGUGUUUCAGGUGCACCGCGGAGAACUGGCCUUUUCUCCUGGGUUGCUGGAGGAGCUCAAGCUGAGGUUGGAGCAGAUCGUGGUGAAGAUAAUGGAGGUGAUACGGGAGGAGCAGGUCGGUCAGAGAGCCACAGAGAGGCUGGGAAGGCUGAAGGACCUCAGUGCUUUAUCGAUGAAUGAACCGUCAGCAGGAGAGAGCCAGUACCGUGCAUUCCUUCUGCUGAAGGCCCUGCAGACGGUGGCCCGCGCCUACGAGUUGCAGAGAGGACUUCGGGCCACCAGAGCCGGUCCAACCAGCCCAGUGAGGGCCAACGUUUGUGGGCUGAGGAGCCUCACCGUGUCCCUAGAAAAGCGUCUCGGGCUUCCAAACACGGUCAACAUCAACAACUGCCAUGGCUCCUGUGCUUUCCCGCUGACCAACGCCAACAACCACGCCGUCCUGCUCAACUUCCACAUCGAGAGCGAGAACGUGGACGAGCGGGCGCCAUGCUGCGUGCCCGUGGCCUACGAAGCCCUGGAGGUGGUGGAACUGAACGAACAUGGGACUUACCUCUCCAUUAAACCAGAUGUGGUGGCCAAGGAGUGUGGAUGCCGCUAAAAAAAAUCUUCCUGGAGUGUAAUUUAGUGAUAUUUAACACAUAACACUGAAACCUGUAACUGUCAUGCAAUUGUUACUGGCAUUUAUUUAUUCAAACAGUAUUAAUACACUGCUAGUACAUACACAUGUUAAUUUACAGAGGUCUCUUUAGGCCAUAAACUUAUAUACAUGUAGACAAUGUAUUAUUUGCAGUAUUCUGACACUUAAAAAGUGUAUUCAAACCAAAUAAGUGAAAUAUGAGUAUUAUCACCCUUUUCUGUCAUAUUUUAUUUAUUAUUAAUAAUCUCUUUUGAAUAAAAAGCCAUUGUUUUAUCU